AUGACAAAAUAUCUUAAAAGAGAAAAAACAUUUAAUUCAAAACUUUUUGUGAGAUUGUUGCCGUCAGUCGAUUUCAAUUAUGAUUACGUUAAAAUAGAUAACAACAAAAAGGUUAUAUAUGUAAGAUGUUUGCAAGAUUUAGCUAGAGGGGUUAAACAGAAAAAUCCAAACUUUUGGGCAUUUUGCACUGAUGGAAUUUUAUGGAAUGCAAGUCAAGAUGAAAUAUUCGAAACGGUUGCAUCAGAUUGGUACGAUGACAUUUUUAAUGGAGUCAGUGGAAUAAUUUUGGCUUACGGUCAAACAGGAUCUGGAAAAACUUUUACGACUUCCGGAUUGUGGCAUCCGUUUCCUAACAGAGGUUUAAUAUUGAGAAUUUUAUCACAAUUAAUUGUCGAAGCCAAACAAAAACAAGAAACAACAAAAAUAACUUUGGGUAUAAGUUAUAUAGAAUUUAUUGGAGAAACUGUCAGAGAUUUAAUUAAUGGCAAAAUGAUUGAUAAAAUUCAAGAAGUUAUUGAAAAUCCUAUACUGAGUGAAGAAUGGGCAUGGAGGGCAAUAUUUAAAGCAGAAUGUCAAAAAACUUAUGUUGAAGGAGCACCAUAUAAAGGAUCAAAUAAAGGUCAUUCAAUAUUAACUUUUUAUAUUCAUUCUGAAUCUCUUAUUGACACUGAUCCGAUAAUAACUCAUUCUAAGGUUCACAUUAUUGAUAUGGCUGGAAUUGACAAUUAUGGACACAAAACAUCAAAUUGGAAAGAUAAAUAUACCGUUGGACAAUCAAAUCUUUCAAAAUGUUUAAUAGAGCAAGUAAUUAUUUGCUUGUCAGGAACAUCAUGGAAAUCUGGAACUCACAUUUGUCCUUAUAAGUCGUGCCGUUUUCUUAUAUUUUUACAUGAUACUUUAAGGCCAUCUUGUCACAUAAGGUUUAUCGCUCAUAUUCAUGGAAAUGACCCAAAUCUUUCACAAACAAUAUCGUCAUUAAAAUUUGGAGAAAAGUUAAAAGGUUUUAAACCGACAAAAAUUAAAACCAACUUUGAAACUGAUUGUUUUUUGCAAAUUAAAAAUUUGGAAGUAAGUAAAAAUAAAUUUUUUUACAUUGUAUUAUUUUUUUAA